AUGCACUUUCGCAUCUUCCACCAUCGCCUUUGCCUUCAUUGGACCAAGAUAGAAAAGCUUGAGAAGUCUGAUUUCAGGCGGGUGUGGUGCAGAAGUUCCAAACAAAAAAAGAAAACAACUGAAAAGAAGACAUUCACCAUGUUUAGAAUACCAAAUUCCCUUCGAAUUUCCACAGAUAGUCGAAACGAGGUGGUAGGUACCGGAUCACCACAUUCUUGUGAGUGUUCUCACAGGAUGAAUAUGACGGAGUACCUUCGGACCGAUUCAGCACUACCUCAUCGAGAUUCCAUUAUAAAUGGCAGCAGAAAGGAAUCAGCACUAUCACCUCAAAGCUUAUUCUCGUCUGAUGGUGAAUACAUAUCUCCCAGUCUUAAGAACUACCAAGAGAGCGCAAAGGGCAAUUUUCUGACAGAACUCUCCGGGGAGAGUAAUUUUCAUGAACUUCCAGAUAGCAGCCGGUUGCCAGAACUUUCAGAAGAUAGUCUGAAUCAUGAUCAGUCAACCCCAGUCGCAGGCCAUAGCUUUCUUAACAAUCAAAAGCGAAUAUCGUCUACUUUACGAGCCAUCGUGUCUCCAAGCUCCGCAUCCAACGGCCGUUUCCAAUCUCUUGACACACCUGAAGCCGGCUCGACAUUCAUUACAGAGUUUCCAUGCGUCAAUGGUGAUCAAGUUGGCUAUAGGACCCAAUGGUACAUUGGAACUCAAGAGUCAACUCCCAGUGCUGGCCAUUACCUAUCCGAUACUCUUGGCUCUGGUAACUCUGAAGAGGCUGAAAUGGUCGAUAUAACCGCUGAGAUACGAAUCCAGAUGGAUGCAGCGUGUCUGUCGCCAGAUUCUUCGAUUCCAAUGCCUCUCCAAUCUCCCAGGUUUCGUGGAUCAAUGUGCCCUGCGAUUCAGACGGACGUGAGAAGGUUCGAAAGUAACCUUGAUGCCAUUCAACGUCAAGGGCGACUAUUUGAAGAUUCGCCUCAGAUUUCAUCGCCAGAUACUGCCAGUACGAACGCUAGCGGUGAAACAUUUCCAAGCGAUUCGGGCUAUGGCCCAAGAGCUCCCCAAUCCGACUAUACUUCUGCAACCAGCCCGAGAAGUCUUUUUUCAGGAGACGAACGGUUAGGGUUUGAGAAUACAUUUUUCAGUAAAGCUGGGCAGCUAGUAAGCCCAUCAGAAUUUAGUCACGAAAGGUACUUCGACCAAAGUUGCAGUCUGCAAUCGAAACAACCAAAUGAUUCCAACUGGCUUGGCCUUGAGACUGUUCGAUAUGAGCUCGAUAAUUUUUGCAGAGAUCAGCAUAUGCAAGUUUCAUGUCUUUCUGAUUUCAAUGAAAACAUUCUCGAGUCAGGGGAGAUGGGAGUUCUUAAUGAUCCUUUAACCGCAUAUGUGGCACAAAGUGUCACAGAUAUUGAUCAAAGACUUUCAAACAACUUACACACUAACGAUGCUGCUCAAUACCUGCAAUCAACAAUUCAAUGUGGAGUUGACUGCUUGAAAAGUAUCACACCCAGAGCGGAAAAGUGUGCGACGACCGGCGCUGCUGCUUUUACUCCGGGCAUGGAGACUGAAUAUCAAUACGCUCCAAGUCUCUUUGGAACUUACGAAGAAAAAUAUGCAUCUCCGUGGUCCGCGGAACACGUACGAGGAUCUAAUAAGAAUUUUAAUUUCGUUACCAUACCCGAAACCCAAUUGCAAAUAGAAGAGGAACAAGCAAGGGCAUCCAAUUACGACACUCCAUCCCCGAAAUCUGCCACCAAGGUCAUAAAGUGUCCUCACCCAGGCUGUAAUUAUGAGCCGGGCGGAGCAGACCAAUGGAAAUUGGGCAAUUUAAGACGACAUGAGAAAGAAAGGCAUAAGAUAACACUUAAGGAUCGGGUUGUUUGCAAAAUGAGGGACUGCAAAGCGACAUUUACAAGGGUAGGAAACCGCAAUGCACAUCUAGAGAAUAUGCAUGGUGCUGUAAUUUUUAGACAGAAGCGAAAUCGAAGAAAUUCAAUGGCGGAAAAUGCUAAGCAGCCAAGAGCCGCUAGCAGAAUUACAAAAGCACCACGAAAAAUUGGCGGAUUACCAAACAGAACUAAGCAUAGUCGAUCACAAUCAGUGCCUGAGCUUCUGAAAAGCACUGAAUUCUGA